UUAGGGAUUGGUUUUUGCUGAAGAAAUUGCCACAAAUGUUUGUCAAUGUCACUUGUGUUCAAUAACUACAUUGAGAGUUUAUUUUAUCUAAAUAGGUUCUUCUUUCCUCAUGAUCUUACACAAUUGUAAACAUCCUCCUCUAAAUGUGCAUAAGUAUUAUCUUAUUGUUUUAUUGUACAGCCUGCCAUCAUCUAAAGCCACGCGGGCAAGGCGCGAUUGUCCAGUAAAGGGGUGUGGAAGUGUGGGACUUCUUAGGGUUGAUCAUCAUUUAAGAAGAGUGCAUCAGCUGAAGAAAGAGGGAAGAAAAUACCGAAGUCUUUUAGACACAGCCGCUCCAACUGAAAAGUCGCCGUCUAAGGCUAAGAGACGAUUCAACAAUGAUCCAUUAUGGGCUGCGUUCAAAAAGCACCUAACAGGAAUCCAAGGGACAUCCCACAAAAAUGCAAACCAAGUGAUUAAGGAAAUACAAACAUGGAUUGAUAUGAGUGGGAUGUCCCUUAGAUCGGCUCUAAGGCCACCAAACCUGAAUGAGACCAUGGAUAGGCUACGCGCCUCAUCCCUGCAGCCGGGGACAAUCAAACACUAUGGGUCAAGCUUGCUUAAACUCACAGUGUACCUUGACUUAAACCCGGCUGCGAGGAGGGCUCUGGCCAUCUCAGAAAAGUAUUUAAGCAAUGCAAAGAGAUGCAUUGAAUACCUGCUCAAGCAUUUGAAAAAACUUGUAAAACGCAGGCAAUCAACUGUGAGAUCCCAAAUAACAGAAGAAAUUCUCAGCCACGAAGACCUGGAUUUGUAUCAUGAAGCUUGCAAAGGCAAUUUGCAGAACAUUCUAGACCAAGUAAAUGCUGGGAAGGUGCUUUCUGAAAAAGAUUCAACGUACUUCAGAACGUACUUAAUGUUGGCACUACUCCUGUCCAACGCAGGUAGGGCAGGAGUAGUUGCCAACAUGGAGUUUCAGGAGUUCGAAGCAGCCAAGGCCGUAAAUAAUCGGUGGGUGAUCAUUGUCAAACAACACAAGACGGCGGACGUGGCUGGCCCAGCACCGGUUGUGGUGAACGCAGAAAAUGCUGGGCCACCUCCAACUUUAUUCAGAUAA